UGGGCAGCAACAUUUUUUGACAUUGCAGUUUUCUUCUCCCUCCCUUCUCAGUAUUUUACUCCUCCUCAACCAUUAACAUCGGCCAGAAAUAUCGGCUCCAGUAUAUACAUCGGCCAGCCGAAUUCUUCUUCCCUCAACCGUGUUCUAUCGGGUUCUCUCCGUCUAUGGACCGAUUCCGAUCACCAAUAACAACACGAGCACGCCCUUGGUUUCAUUUCUUUUGGUGCCUUUUGUUUUAAAUAAUUUUAGUUCGAUUUUGAUUAGUUUGGUAUUAGACGUGAAUUGAUUUUUUCAUAAUAUAUUGAUGUCUUAUUUGCUAGAUUAUUAUUACACCUAUAACUUAUCGUUUUGGUGAUGAAAUUAGUUAAGGUUUGAGAUUGGAUUUGGCCGUUUGGGUUUUGCCAAUCAAUUUUUUUUCAUUUUUUUUCUUUGUUUGAUGCAUUCAGUUUAGUAAUACUGUCUCAACCCAGAAUGAAAAAAAUCAGUGUAAUCAUGUUCAAUCUCAUUUAUCCAAAUUCCAAAUUUGUUCAACAUCAAAUCAAAUAAAACCCCCAAUGUGAAAAAAUUAAUUCACUUUUCCCAGUGUUCUCAAGACAUUUCAUACUUUCCCCACUUGGAAACAGAGGCAGAGUAGUAUUCUACUUUCCUGUUUCCCUGUUCGCCCGUCUCCGCCCACAGGUCUUCUUCCGCCGCCACCACCACCAGUCAAAGCAGAAAACGAAUAAAAUUCCAAGCAUUUCUGUCCCUUCUGCACACAGCCAAAAAAGCAGCAAUCAGAAGAAGAAACAAACAACCGACGCUGAAGCCAUGGUGAUUCUGGUGGUGGCAACAACCCUUGAUCCGGCAUCCAUAAACCCGGCCAAAGCCCUCUUGGCUAUGCCCGGUUGGAAUCAACCGGGCCCAACUUUCGAUGGCAUUAGGAGUUACAGCUUCGGGGAUAAAGUCAGGUUGUUGGAGCACGACAGCAGCAUCAUUGAUGAGGAUGAUUUGGACCUGCGUUGGGAAAUAGCCACCGGCGAAACCGUUGAUGAGGUUAUUUUUCUUAGCAAGCACAAAGCCGUCUCCAAUCGCCCUGCCCUCACUAUCCACCCCAUUGGAAUUCCACAUUUGAAAGAAGGGGAUGAAGUUCCACAAGGAGGGCGGCCAGGAUGGGCAGCUCCUCCCAGUCCUAAGAUGGGUCCUUGGCUCAUUCUUUUGAAGAAAAUCGCUCAAUCUCAUAACCUCCUUCCUGAAUUUGAGAUUACGUUGGAGGCUACUCAUCAUGGCCCUGUAACUACUAAGCCCACAAUGUUUAUUGAGAUUGGCAGUACCGAAGAUUACUGGAAGAGAGAGGAUGCAGCUCAGGUCAUUGCUCAGUUAGUAUGGGAGGGACUUGGGCUUGGAGAAGGUGCUUCUGUUGGAAAUUGGAGCAGUGAGACUGAAAGGAAGAAAGUCCUUCUUGGAAUCGGUGGAGGGCAUUAUGUGCCUCGGCAUAUGGAUAUUAUCAUGAAAGAUGGUCUUUGGGUGGGCCAUCUCCUAUCUGGAUAUUCAUUACUAAUGGAAGAACCAGGCCAAUCAAAAGGAAAAGUAAGUCCUGAAAGCAUUGGAGGGACUUGGAAAGAAGCAAUCAAAGUUGCUUUUGAUGCCACCAAAGCUUCUUUCCCUGGUGGCGAAAUUUUGGCACAUCUCGAUCAUAAGAGUUUCAAGAGCUGGCAAAAGAAUGCGAUAACUGAUUAUCUAGGUCAACAGAACAUCAAAAUUGGGAAGCCUGCGGAUUUCUGUUGAUUUCGAAGAUUGCAGUUGGCUAAUUUCGCCUCCAUUUGGUGAAUGCUUAGAAGGCUUAUAUCCCUAUUGUUCCAGUAUCAUUUUUUGGACAGAAAUGAAAGGAAGAAAAAAGUUGGUUUUAGAAAGGUAGUUAGUUAGCACAUAUAUUAGAAUAAUGAAAUUUGUGUUUCAUCGCCAUUUUACAUACACGUACAGGCAGACCAAUUCCAAAGGAUGAUUAUAUAUCUGUCCUCUGUAACUUGACAAAUAUUAAUUAAUAGUAUUAUAAUAGGUAGACUAGUUUGAUACAUCAAACUCUCAAGAUAUAAUUUAGUGGACAAAUACAAUGUCCCAAUUCAUGCGUAAUCGACAAC